GUCCAAUCUGAAUAUAAAACUACAAAAAAUUAAAUAUUCAUUAAAUAUGAGAUAAUACCAAUUUAAGAGAAUUAAUAUAAUGGAGAACAAAAUACUGAAAAAAGAAAAGUAGUCCUUAUAACAUUGCAAUUUCCAACUAUAAACAUCCUCUGGGAAUGGAAUUCAAAUUGGCAAAGAGCUAGAAAGAAAUCUAAUUAAUUGCUUCUCAUUUACAUCAACACACCUGGAUAUAUCUGAUGUUAGUACCUCUUUUGUUUUUUUGAACAAAUUCCAGUAGUAGUUCUAGUUCUUUUAAAAGGCGUAUCUGUAGAUGAUAAUCGUCUUUGCUUGGUGGAAAUAUAUUCUGAUAUUGAAGCCGUAAAGAAUUCGAUAUUCUUACUUUGGGUCAGUUUCAUAUAUUCCACAAUUCGAACUAAUCUAUACUAAGGAUGAAUUACAACUCCAUAUGAAACUAUUCAUUUCCAACACUAGAAUCUGACCUAUUAUGUUCUUCUUUCCAUUGUUAGUAGUGCUUUGAUUUCGUUUCAAAUUCUCUAUAGCCAGCUGUUUCAUAUUACUUCUUAGAAUUCAACAAUGAUCAUAGAUUCCAAUGAAAAAUUACACGUCUUCAUCUAUUGUUGUACUUUUGGACUCAAAUUUACGUACAUAUGAUUCAGCAGAAAAAUAGUUGAAUUCAAAUAACUGAAAUAUGACAUAGCUACAUGAUAACCAUCAAACAGAAAGUUCUAAAUUGAAAUUUCCCUCUCCAAUAUUAUCAAGAUUAAUGAAGGACCACAUUGGACGACAAGUUUUAGAAGGUUUAGGUAGAUUGAAGAAAUAUGGAACUGUGGAACUUGCAAGAGGAAGAGGGUCAGUAGCACUAACGUCUAAUUGGAAACCCAAAAGAGGAAGGUGCAAACUGAGGUCGGUUCACUUCCUUUCUCUCAAAGUCUCUGCAAGUGGGCUUUAAUUGGAUGGUUGGAUCUGCCACUUCCUUUAGUAUACAGAGUAUCUUCAAGGGAUACACCCUGUGGGACCUCUCUGCUUUGGGUCCCAAACUUCCUAAAUAUCUUUAAUGCAAAAUAAAUGUCUACUUUUUCGAGUUUUAUAUUACCCACGUACAAUCGUGACCCUACCUACAAUGCUUAUUUUCGACUAAUAUUUUAGGGUCUUUCUCCGUUGCAUACUGUUACAAGUCUUAACGAAUUUGUCCUCUAAUGGUCCUUCUUUUCCCUUCUUCGGGCUCUGCCUUUUUUGUAUAGGUAACUAGUUAUCGCCAUUAACAUAAAGAAUAAGUAUCAUAACUGGCGUUGAAUGCAAUCAUCAAGGACGAUCCAUACAAAUAUGAAUAUGAGAAGUAGGCAAAGGGUUCUUUUUAUCUGAUAAAUAUCAGGAUUUGAUGGACUGAGCAAGAUGCAAAUUGCAGACCAAAAACAAAAAGAGGUCGGCUAAAAUAAGAAUAGAUAAUGAUAACGUCGUCGAAUGAGCAUACAGAAAAGGGUCAGAGCAUAUAUGAGAGAGUAGGGAAAGGGGUGGAAGGCAGUUGGAUUACAGAAGGUAGUUGGAUUAUAUGGCGAGAAUGCAUUUUCACACUAAUGGUUCUGAUUGCGUGGCAAAAACAAACAAGUUCAGCUCUUAUUGGGAAGGUGAAGAGGGAAUGGUAUUAAAAUCGAAUUUUUUUGUUUUAUGAGAUGUUUAGAAAAAAAAAAAAGAAGUUUCAUACCUCUAACCAAUGAUUUGAUUGGAACACGUAGCAUCCAAAAUAAAACAUCCUCCCGCAUUCUACUACGGCUGUCUGGUCCACUCUGGAUUCCGAAGUGUCAUAGCAAAAAAACCUUGUCUAUAUAUCAUGCACACCUUGGCAUGCUUUGAUGAUCGAGCUCCCAGAACCACCAGCUGUACCAUUUUCACCAGCCGAAACACCAUUUACCUUCAUUCGUUCAUACCUCUCUAUCUUUAUCUCUCCUCUUUUCUCUCCUUUUCUCCCAUCCUCUUUUUUCUCUCAGAAAUUUUCAUUGCUGCAACUGGCAACUGCAUUUCUGCACCCCCAUGUCUGCCACUUUCAGUGCUUUUCAUUUUCAUUGUGUUUCUUCUUCCUCUUGUUAUGUUUUUCUUGUUCCUUGUUUAUCAUUCUUGUCCAAACAAGAUGGAAAUUUUCGCUCAGCCUUUUCCUACUUUCACUUCCACUCUUAGUGACGUAUUAUUUGCUGAAGCUUGCACAUUCAUUUUGAACAUGUCAGGAGCAAAUUGAGAUAAACCCGAGUCCCUCUUCACAAGUUUGCUAUAUAUAACCAUUCCUUUGAGAGUUACCCAUGCCAGAAGUUUAAUAGCCUCUAUUGUAGGUGUAGCCUUGAGGAUUCAAACAACAAAGAUGUCAUUUUCCUGUACCAAAAACUUCUACCAACGGUUCUGUAUUAAUGGAUUUCAAAUGGGCAGUGAUAUUCAUGGCAGUUUCUUCUCAAGUGAUCUCCUUCCAUCACUUGGGGCUAGAAUUAACCAGGCGACCAAGCUACAUAGAUACAUCAUUUCCCCUUUCAACCCUUAUUAUAGGGCUUGGGAGAUGUGGCUGAUUGUUCUAGUCAUUUACUCUGCCUGGAUCUGUCCAUUCGAGUUUGCAUUCCUAACUUACAAGAAAGAUGCGCUUUUCAUUGUUGACAACAUUGUCAAUGGCUUCUUUGCUGUUGACAUUAUUCUCACCUUCUUUGUUGCAUAUCUCGAUAGCCAAUCUCAUCUCCUUGUUGAUGAUCCCAAGAAGAUUGCCAUCAGGUACAUAUCUACCUGGUUUGCUUUCGAUGUCUGUUCCACAGCCCCAUUUCAGUCUAUCAGCCUCAUGUUCACAGAUCAUGGCAGUGAACUAGGGCUCAGGCUACUCAACAUGCUCAGACUCUGGCGUCUGAGACGAGUCAGCUCCUUGUUUGCUAGACUUGAGAAAGACAUCCGGUUCAACUACUUCUGGACUCGGUGUGCCAAGCUCAUUUAUGUGACCCUGUUUGCAGUACAUUGUGCUGGAUGCUUUAACUAUCUGAUUGCAGAUAGAUAUCCUGAUCCUUCGAGAACCUGGAUUGGUGCAGUAUACCCAAAUUUCAAAGAGCAUAGUCUCUGGGAUAGAUAUAUAACUUCAAUUUACUGGUCCAUUACAACACUCACUACAACUGGUUAUGGGGACUUGCAUGCUGAGAAUCCAAGAGAGAUGCUAUUUGAUAUCUUUUACAUGUUGUUUAAUUUGGGAUUAACAGCUUACCUCAUUGGGAACAUGACAAACCUGGUAGUUCACUGGACAAGCCAGACCCGUAAUUUUAGGGAUACAGUCAAAGCUGCUUCAGAAUUUGCGGUACGAAAUCAGUUGCCCGCCCACAUACGAGAUCAAAUGUUGUCACACAUAUGCUUAAGAUUCAAAACAAAAGGAUUGAAGCAACAAGAGACCCUAAAUAGCUUACCAAGAGCCAUUCGCUCAAGCAUUGCACAGCAUCUCUUCUUCCACAUUGUGCAGAAAGCAUAUCUCUUCCAAGGAGUUUCUCAUGACUUCCUCUUUCAGUUGGUUUCAGAAAUGGAUGCUGAGUAUUUCCCACCCAAAGAAGAUGUCAUUCUGCAGAAUGAAUCCCCAACAGAUCUUUAUAUACUUGUCUCAGGAGCAGUUAACUUAAUUGCCCAUGCUGAUGGGCUUGAUAGGGUUAUUGUAAAGGUAGCUGCAGGGGAAAUGUUUGGAGAAGUUGGAGUACUAUGUUAUAGGCCACAGCCAUACACAGUUCAGACCACUGAGAUUUGUCAAAUACUACGACUGAAUGGAACUUCACUGAUGAAAACCAUAAAAGUAAAUAUGGAAGAUGGGCAUGCUAUAAUGCAUAAUCUUUACAUGAAACUGAAUGGGCUACAGAGCAGCAGCUUUGACCAGCCCAACAUAGAUCCAGGGUUGACCCAAAACAAAAGUCUUGGGGGAGAAAUGAGUGGAAGUUGUUUGGAUGCUGUAUUUGAAGAAAUGGACAUAGAUUUCUUGGGAUCAGAGGCUAUAAAGAAGAGUCAAAAAGGUAGAUCUCCAAUGAAUGGAACUUCAACAGCAGAGAAUGGCCAAACAUCUCUCCAUGAUGCUGCUCGCAAGAGGAAUAUUGAAAUGGUUAAGAUUUUGCUUGAAGGAGGAGCAAGUGGAAAUAAACCAGAUGCAAGAGGAAGGGUGCCAAAAGCAUCGGCAGAACAGCAGGGAAAAAAGAGUAUACAUGAGCUCUUACUGAGUUACGAAAACAAAAAGAAAUUAGAUGAACAUAUGAUAGAGAUUAUUGGAUCAGAAACAGAAAAUGACCUCAAGAAUAGUCAAAGCAAACAUAGAAGUGGGGCUCAAAAUUUCUUCAAUUCAUCCAGUGAUAGAGAGGUAAGAACACCGACUAGGAAAAGAGUUACUAUUCACAUGCAGUUCCAGAGCAGCAGUACAAGAAGACAACUUGGAAAGUUGAUAAUCCUACCUGAUUCCAUACAAGAACUGCUCAGAAUGGCUGGGGAAAAGUUUGGAGGCUACACGUUUACAAAAGUCAUUAAUGCCAAGAAUGCAGAAAUAGAUGAUGUACAUGUCAUUCGAGAUGGUGAUAAUCUGUUUCUCCUUCAAGAUGAAGAUGACAAUGUAGAUUUCAAUGUGACCUAAAUAAUAAAAGGGCAAUCAUGAAUAGAUGCAGAAA